UUGGUUUGUAUUUAGAAGGUGGCUCGUCCACGAUCACGUGCUGGGGAGGGGACCUGGCUGUGUAGUGAUGUCUUCUUCACUUCCUUCUUGUGAUAGAGCCGCAUUUGAACACAGCUGAAGGAAGCUGAUAGCUCUCGGUUUGAAAUUGCCACGAACCAGCUACACUGGAUUGUCGGUGCCCUGCUGGAAGGGGAGCACAAUGAGUGCAGGGGACGUGGUCUGCACUGGCUGGCUCAUCAAGUCUCCUCCGGAGAAGAAGCUCAAGAGAUAUAUAUGGCGGAAGCGCUGGUUUGUUCUGCGACGAGGGAGGAUGAGUGGGAACCCAGAUGUCUUAGAAUAUUACAAGAAUAACCAUUCCAAGAAGCCUAUCAGGGUGAUAGACCUAAAUGAGUGUGAGGUACAGAAGUACAUUGGUGUGAACCUGAUUAAGAAGGAAUUCCAGAACAGUUUUGUGUUCAUAGUAAAAACAGCUUUUCGAGCAUUCUACCUUGUGGCUCGGACAGAGGAAGAAAUGCAAAGUUGGAUGUACAACAUCACCCAGAUCUGUAACUUUGGACAGCUGGAAGAUGGCACAGAUUCCGUGGAGAGCCUUUCUCAUACCAACUCCUCCGUCCAAGCAUCUCCAGCAGUCUCCACUCACACGUCAAGAAUCACAGACCCUUCUUACUCCGUGGACAGCUCAGUUGCUGAUACCUCAACAGAAGAGAACCGGAGUGAAUCGGAUUCAGCCUUCAUCCCCGACUAUCUGUUUUUGUCAAAUUGUGAGAGUGGGAAAGUAAAUACCACCAGAUGUGAUGCAUGGUCAAACUCUGACAAGUCCCUUGAACAGACCUCAUGCGAUGAUGUUUUUCUUGACUGCUUACCGUCCCAACAUCCUCUUAACCAGACACUUUACAAUGUAAACUUUCACCACCACAAUCAUAUGCAAUCUCCAACCAUCAUUGCGGUCAAAGAUCUAGAAUCAAAUGGUUCCACCAGUGACUUUUCUUCUUCUUCCCCUCUUCUGGGUCCCUCAUUAUCACAGACAUUUUCCAUUGAAAAAAACCAUAGUGGACUCAGUGAAAGUGAGAGCUUACCUAUCACUCCACCACCAAGACCGCCAAAGCCAAACCAUUUUCCCGAAGCAAGGCCUGAAGUGAUUUCCAGUGGAAUCAUUCAGAAUGGACAUUGUUUAUCUGGAAUGGUGCCAAGAAGAAUCUCGCUAUCGAGUCUGGACAAUGUUAGGAACUGGAAAGGUGAUGUGGAAGACUGCUCAUUACGAAGUAGGGACAAGAGGCUCAGCUUAAAUCUGCCCAGGUUUACGCCACAACAUUCCUUUGCUUCAGAUUGCUCAGAUGAUAGCUAUGUCCCCAUGAACCCAAAUGCUUCCCCACCAUGUUCAGAGUCAGACUGUAGCACAGAUGGGUAUAUACCUAUGAGCCCAGUAACUGCAACGUUCAACUUCCCAGCAUCCGUUAACGCAAAGGUUUCCAGCCCUUUGCCAGAUCUUCCCGUAGACCUGGAACCCCCUCCUGUAAACCGGGACCUCAAGCCACGAAGAAAGAACUCGGCAACAUUCGGUAGAAAAAACAAAGGCAAGCCAGACGCUGCCACCACAGGAGGAUCAAUCGGGGCCAUUCAGGGCAACGAUCUGUGGAUCCCGGCAAAAGAUCUCUUAUUGAGUCGCCAGAGGGACGGUGUUAACUGCCAGGUAAAGUACCAGAGUCGAUCAAUCCGAUGA